AUGGACGGCCAGGUCGACCUCGGGAGGAUGAUCUCCAUCAUCACCACGUCCAUACCGUGGAUUGUUAACAUCUACGUCGUUCAGCUUGUGCUCAUGUAUACCUUCGCCGUCCUAGAGCAACCCCUCUUCCCGUUCAAAAUACUCUCAGGCAUGCAGUUCUUCGGCGGUGAUCUAGAGGACGUCGAAUCGGAAGGAGACAACUCUAUCCGUUUCAACUACAACAGCUUCGGGAAGGCAACCGUGACGCUGCUGGACCUUCUCACGGGCAACGUUUGGAGCGAGCUCAUGUUCGACACAGUCGCCGCAACCGGCCAACAAUCGGGGAUUUUUUUCUACGUGGCGUGGCUUGUCCUGUCGAGGUGGCUGGCGGUCGCUAUGGUGGUCACCGUACUCUUCAAUCGCAUCGACGUGGAUACGGAGGACUACCUUAAGAUAGCCGCCAAGCACUCCAUGCGCUCCCUGUUCGCUCUCGAGCACGCCUUCAUGCAGUGCCACAAGAGCCACGCGUUCUUGACCUGGCGAAAGCGGUACGAGGAAGCCACGGGGAACCGGUCUUCCACCAGGGGCCAGAUGAAGCUGCUCGAGUACUCCCCUCCCGCAGCGCAGCCGGGCCUGUGGCAAAAAGUGGCCGCCUCGAAGAAAUCCCUGCUCAUCUUCGGGCCUCAAAACCGAUUCCGGGAGUUCUGCCGGUGGCUCACCACCUCUGCAGCGGUCGUGCCCCCUAGCCCCUUGGACAUCGAGUCGGAACGAAACGCCUCCGUUGGCGCCGUCCACCACCGGGGUUCCCGCAGCGGUAGGCACGGGGGGUGGGUGAGACGCGGGACCCAGGGGGACGUGCUUGCGGGCAGUGGAAGGCCGAACGCCUCCUCAGCGCUUUCGAAGAGAGGAAACCAGGGCUGCUGGAGGCGGUUUGUCCGAAGGCGGAAGCCCCGCCGCUUUGCCCGCCUCGCCUACCAGACCGCCCAGGUCUCUGCCGUUGUCGUUACCCUGGUCGUCGUGUCCCUCGACGCCGAGUUGGUUUCCGGGCGCCGAACCGAGGGGGUGGUCAUGACGCGCCUGCUUCUCGAAACCGCGUCCGUGUGGGCGUUUCUCGCCGAUGCCCUGUUGUGCAUAGUGGCGCAGGGGCUUGUCCUCCUGCCGGGGGGGUACCUCCGGGACCCGGCCAACGUCCUCGCCUUUGUUCUCACCAUUCUGUCUGCCGUCUGCUUGUGGAGCUUCGGUGGCACGGUUGGGCGGGGAACGCUGCUGUCGGUGUCGACCCUGAAGGCCCUGCGCGGGCUGAACGUCUUUCGCUUGCUGAGGCUCGCCGCGCUGUCGCGCAGCCUGACGGACUUGUUGAGGUCCCUCCGUUCUUCAAGGAAGGCGCUGUGUCUCGUCGGAGGAGUGGUUGUGUUCUUCUGGCUCCAGGGGGCGAUCGUGGGGCUCCAGGUGUGGGAGGGCACAUUUGGUUACUGUUCUGAUCCCGUGAUCGCCGAGGCACACGGAGAAGAAGUGUUCUAUGUGUACCACACGAGCGAGAACGGAAUAGAAGGGCAGCAAGAAUGCGAGGCCGAAGGCUACGAAUGGGGAAACGCCACCUGGAACUUCGACAACUUCGGGAACGCGCUGCAGUCAGUGCUCAUCAUCUUCACGUACGAUGGCUGGCAAAACAUCAUGUUCAACGCGAUUAACGCCAGGGUGGCUGACAAAGGUCUCAACGGUAGUGAGUGGAACAACACCUGGGCCGCGCUGUUCUUCCUGUUCGUGUUCCUGCUCUCCCUGGUGCUCGUGUUGCUCUUUGUCGGCAUGGUGUUCUCCAUGUACACGUUCAUCAACCUUACCAAGCGGAGCGGCCAGCGUCUCUCCAGCCUGAAGCAGGUGGGGCUCUUUGCGGCGUUCUGGACCAUGUACGAAGUAAAGCUAGCCAAGGUUCAGCCGGACACGAUCCUUGCUUGCCCCCCCGAUGCCCCCGCUGUGAGGCGGCUCCUCUUCAACGCGGCCAGCAAACGUCGCUGGGGCAUCGUCCUAGCGUCUCUCAUCGGAGCCAACGUUGUCGUACGGUUCCUGAUCGCCUCGAACUGGUUGCACUACUUCGACGCUCCCUCCUGGAUUCACCUGGAGGAGGCGGUGUUCGCGCCCUUGUUCGUGCUCGAGUGGGUUUGCAGAGCGAUUGCUUUCGGAGGCGUUCGGGCUAUCACCAGGUCGUAUUUCCAGAUGGCCGAUUUCUUUUCAACGCUCGUGCUGACGCUGGUUUUUGUUGAAGAGAUCCUGCUCCUCUCGAACCUGACGCCAUCGUCCUCUGCGUCCUUCUGGAGAGCCGUGGAGGCCGCCUCGAUGGUUAGGCUCGUCCGCCUCGGCAACGUCCUCCCGAACGCCCAGGACUUUCUCCUCGUGAUCGCCAAGUCUUCCAGCGUCGUCUUUCCCCUGCUGCUCGUGCUCACCGCCCUCACCUACCUCUGGAGCGUGUUCGGCGUGCUCUUCUUCGGGAACGAAACGUACCUCGCCGGGCUGUUCGGGGAUGGAAACCCCUGGGAGACCGUGAACCGGCACCAGGGCUUUUUCAGCGUUGCCCAGGGCAUGCAGACCAUGAUCGGCGUCGCGACAACUCCUGGGUCGAACGGCUGGAUCACGCUGAUGCAGCGCUACGAGGACGUCACGUCCCCCCAGUGGAAGUGGGCGGUGGUGAUGUUCUUCGGAAGCUACGCGCUCCUGACGAGGUUCUUGCUGGUGCAGUUCUUCAUGAUCACGCUCCUGUUCAAGUACAAGACUCACUCUUACGACAAGGCCGGCGUUGCAAUCGAGCAAGUCAACCAGUUUAAGCAAGCGUGGAUGGCCCACGCUUACCGUUACACCAAGGAAUAUGCAUCCAUUUACGCCGGUCAGCUCGUGGACCUGCUCAGAGAGCUUCCCCCCCCUCUCGGAAUCGGCUCGGAGGGGUCCCACUACGACUGCCAAAUUCUGGCCAAGAAGGUGCUGAUCGCCUUAGGAAUAGACGUCGUCGCGCAUGUCCCUGCUGAAGAUCUGACUGGCGUGCUUUCGUUGUACGGGAGCACCGCCGAACUUGGCGGCGGCAAGCCACUUCCGGUGCACAGAAAUGGUUUUGGGAGUGGUCCCGGAUUCAUCAGGCUUAACUUCUCUAAGAGCCAAUCGUCACUUUAA